GAUUGAACCCUCUCUCUCUCUGUCUGUUUCUUCGACGAUCUCUUUCGCACCGCUCAAUCAUCCUCCCGAUUCCGUAAGUUUCGGUUUUGAAUCGUUUCUUCUCCUCUGCCACUAUCGUCUUCUUCUCGGUUUUCUAUAUCGUUUUAGUUUCUUUCACCGUCGUUUCUUUUCUCUCCCACGCUCAUCCAAUUUUCUUCCCCUAAAGAACCGGAAUUUAGGUCAGUUAUCAUCCUCGAAGCUUUCUUUCUUUCUUUUGGUUCUAAUUAUAUAUAGACGAACUAGUAAAGUUUCGUUUUUGCAGUGUCUGUGUGUGAUGGAGUCCAGUAGAGUAGUAGUGGGUGGUGGGCUGCCCUUGGCGAAUAGGAGGAACUCUAGCUUUGCCAAACCCAAAAUCCAACAAGGGACUUUUCUACCUCUAUCUCGGAUCAAUAAUGUCUCUGCCCCCCAAAAAUGCUCCCUUCACACCAAUCCAAACCCCAUGUUCCCUUUUGUUACUCGCCGCAAGAGCCAGACUAACCCUGAUUGCGGUGUCGUCAAGUUGGGGGAAGAAGAUGACUCUUGCUCUUCACUGGACAAACUCCCGGAGGUUAAUGGGGUUCACACUGGUGUAGCACGUCCUGUCGAUAUCAAACGAGAACUCGUGAUGCUCUCUCUUCCAGCCAUUGCUGGCCAAGCUAUUGAUCCUUUGACGCUGCUAAUGGAGACUGCAUACAUCGGAAGGCUCGGAUCUGUAGAGUUGGGUUCAGCUGGCGUUUCCAUGGCCAUUUUCAAUACCAUAUCAAAGCUCUUCAACAUUCCGCUCCUCAGCGUUGCCACUUCUUUCGUCGCUGAAGAUAUUGCAAAGAUUGCCGCUCAAGAUUUAGCCUCAGAAGAUAGUCAGAGUGACAUACCUUCUCAAGGUUUACCAGAAAGGAAACAGUUAUCUUCAGUGUCAACAGCGCUAGUGUUAGCCAUUGGAAUUGGCAUCUUCGAGGCACUGGCAUUGUCUUUGGCAUCUGGACCCUUUCUAAGGUUAAUGGGUAUACAAUCUAUGUCAGAAAUGUUCAUCCCUGCGCGGCAGUUUCUUGUCCUUAGGGCGCUUGGUGCUCCUGCUUAUGUGGUUUCCUUAGCACUUCAAGGCAUUUUUCGUGGAUUCAAGGAUACAAAAACUCCAGUCUACUGUUUAGGUAUUGGUAAUUUUCUGGCUGUAUUUCUAUUCCCUCUGUUUAUAUACAAAUUCAGGAUGGGUGUAGCCGGGGCAGCAAUCUCUAGUGUCAUCUCCCAGUACACUGUUGCCAUUUUGAUGCUUAUACUCUUGAACAAAAGAGUUAUACUGCUUCCUCCAAAGAUUGGGUCACUAAAGUUCGGCGAUUACCUAAAAUCAGGGGGAUUUGUUCUGGGAAGGACUCUUUCUGUGCUCGUGACCAUGACUGUUGCCACAUCAAUGGCGGCUCGUCAGGGAGUUUUCGCAAUGGCAGCACAUCAGAUAUGCAUGCAAGUGUGGUUGGCGGUAUCUCUGCUUACUGAUGCACUAGCUUCAUCUGGACAGGCCUUGAUCGCGAGCUCUGCAUCCAAAAGAGACUUUGAAGGUGUGAAAGAGGUUACUACUUUUGUUCUGAAGAUAGGAGUGGUGACUGGGAUCGCACUGGCUAUUGUGUUGGGGAUGUCUUUCAGUUCAAUAGCUGGUUUGUUUUCCAAAGACCCUGAAGUUCUGCGGAUUGUGAGAAAGGGUGUAUUGUUUGUAGCGGCGACUCAACCAAUAACAGCGCUAGCGUUUAUCUUUGAUGGGCUGCACUAUGGGAUGUCUGACUUCCCCUACGCGGCUUGCUCGAUGAUGGUGGUGGGAGGAAUAUCAUCAGCGUUCAUGCUGUAUGCACCGGCAGGGUUGGGGCUAAGUGGAGUGUGGGUGGGGCUGAGCAUGUUCAUGGGAUUGCGGAUGGUGGCUGGAUUCAGCAGAUUAAUGUGGAGGAAGGGUCCAUGGUGGUUCAUGCAUACCAGUGACAAGCGUCUUGCUUAAAACUGUGAAAGAGAGAUAGAGAAGGAGAGAGUGACGUGCCCAGUCAUCUUCUUCAUCACCUUUUCACAUAUACAACAACCACAGAUCCAAAAAACUGUCUUUUAUAAUUCGAUUUGAUAGAUUUUACUUAUUAGCUAGCUUUGUUUGUCACUCAUUUUUCGAUCAUCAAUAUAUAAAAUAUGUCGACUUGUGAAUUUACGACAAAGAAGAAAACUUAAUGUAGGCAAAAGCCAAAACCGAUGCUUGAUUGCAGUGCUGUGUAUCAAAAACACAUAUUUGCCGUAUUUAGCUACAUUUUGACAAUUGUGUAGUGCAGCAAUAUCCACGAAGAAUGGUGAAUAAAUAUUCCUUAUUACAG